UCGUCGGCAAAACGUUCAACUGUUCGGCGUGAACUUUACUGGUGCGGGAAAACGCUAGCUCUAAAAAUAAUGGCAUUCGUUGGCAACAAAACCAAAAUGCUUGUCCUGCUUGCAUUAUUCAUCCUAACUGUCGCACCGGACCAGAUCGCUGGUGUGACCUAUGAGUGCGAAGUCGUUGAAAACUACGACUCACACGGCCAAAAAUACUGCGUAUUCCGAGAUGUCCAGUACUCUGACAACACUACGGAUAUCGCCUUCAAAGGACCAGCUGAGAAGCAACCACGCGUGGUUUUCGAAAACUCCCAGAUGGUUCGACUUCCGAAACAAUUUCUGGAAAAGUUUGGCAACGAUCUGAAGGUGCUGAAUGUAUCGGGGUGCAAUCUCACGUCGGUUGUGAUAACCAAAUCGAUGGAGGAGUUGAUUGCUAUCGAUAACUAUAUAAGCACGGUGAUUGUCCACCAGAACGCGGCGAAUUCUCCUAUGAAGGAGAUCCACCUGCAGUCGAAUCGUUUGUCAGAUAUGUCCAACAUUACGAGGAGCUGCAAGCAAGUGAGAAUUCUGGAUUUGAGCAGGAAUCAAUUGUUGGCCAAGGAGAGUGAACUGGAUUUUUCCAUGUUCAAUGGACUUGAUCAGCUAGAAUACCUUUCGCUAGCUGAUGUUGGAGCGUUAUACAUUAACUCAAAGAAGAUGGUCUCUCUGCCCUCGUUAACUUUGCUGGAUUUAUCGGUAAACAGCUUGCUGCCUAAAGAGCUCCACGUCGAUUACUUUCAGUCAUUUGAAAAGCUCGAAACUCUACGGCUGAACAAUAAUGGUUUAGGCCAGCUAGACUACGCUGAUCUCAAUGGUGUCAAAUCUCUCAAGGAGAUUUAUCUCGAGGGUAACGAAUUCGGGUGUGAAUAUUUGAAGACAAUGAUUAAAUUCCUUAACGACAAUGAUAAGAAAACACCAGUGGCACGGCCGGCUGCUAGUUGCCCUUCAGGGUACAACAUUGUGCAUCAGAUGUGCUGCAAAUCUGCAGAUUUAAUGAAUAUAGACAUAUCCAAAACAUCACCUACGAAAACAAGCGAUCAUUCCACUGAAAUACCUAAUGGGUCAUCUAGACCGGUUACAGUUCCUCAAUCCCACCCGGAACCCGGAACAUCCCAGGAGGGUGCUACCACUGUUGCCAGCAAAACCGUCAGCCCUUCGUCAAAGAAUGCGGCUGCGAUCGUAAAGAUGAACAUGGGAUUUGCUGUUUUCGCAUUGAUUGCCAUAUUCCUGUCACGUGAGUAAGUUCGUAGAGGAGGUCUACAACCAAAGUCUGAUACCAAAUGAAAAAUAAAUCAAUCUGGUUCUAACGUAAUUAAUAUAGGCUUAGGUCCUACUGUUGAGCUUAGUAAUUUUAGCGGUGCUUCUUCCUCUAUUCUAAAUUGAAUGAAACAAACGAAAAUAACCGUGCCCAUGCACAUGCCUCAACUUUGAUGGCGUUCGACCUGUAAGUUUCGAAACAACCUUUCCAGCUUUUUUCCAUGAAUGUGAUCCUCACACCCCGUGCUUUGCUCAGCUAAAACAGAAAACCACACUAUAGGAUAGAUGGAAGUGCUCUUAAGUAUUAACGAAUAACAGUGUUUGGAUGUAUUUUGUCAUCAUCGACCGUGAUUGCGUCGUUGGAAUGUGUGAGCUUUUUUCCUCAUCAGAAUGGACAAAGUUUUGUUUUUAGCUUGGUUCAAGAAAUCAAUGUGGUAACACUUACGCUAUAUGUGGGGCAGCAUAAAAAUUGAGGAAGACAAAUUCAUUGUUCGCUUGGACGCUAGGAACUUCACGCAGAGGAACGAAAGAUAUAAUUCGAUUAGGUGCAGACGUUGGGAGAUGUUAAGUAAUCCGUUUGACGUCAGCUUUUGGUAGACUUUUAUAGAGUGUGGUGGAUAAUGUGAACCAACGAAUAACCAGUGAUAAAUGUAGGAAGACAGAAGGAGUAAAGUAUGAUGAAAUUGUCCGUUUGUUGAUUGGUUUUGGUUUAUAAAGAUAGUUUUGUAUGGAAGUUAACCUUUCAGGAAGAACAACAUGAUUCACCAUUGAGUUGCUGAAUUUGGAAACGAGCACGCAGAUUGAUUGAUUGAUUGAUUUCAGCAUUCAGUUCUUAAUAGGAUUUUCCAUGAUGCUUUGACGAUAUCGCAACAGAUUUACGGUCAAUGUCGUAGAGAACAGGUUCGGCAAUUUGAAUUUGCCAUCUCUUUCAUUUUCCUUGUUACAUAAAAACAGCAGGAGAAUGACAUUUACAUUAACACUGCCGGCUCUGUCUUAUACGGCAUCAGUAAUGUCGUCUAAAAUUUGAGCUUGUUAGUCGCUUUAUUAAUAUCAGGGUGCAACGAUUUUACGACUACGGCACACAUCUUGACCGCACACGAAGACGCAUAUCAAAAAGAAUGACAACUCUGCCGGAAUCUAAGGGAUACAUACAGUAGCGCUUGAACAAAGGUAGAACCAGUCUAUAAAAAGAAAAAAAAAAUAAAAAAUACACAAAUCCUGUCAGGCGGCGCCGGUGGUGUAGUGGUAAGCGUGAUUACUUCUCACCCCAGCCGGCCUGGGUUCAAUCCUGAGGCAUAACAUCUCUGAGGGAAGUAAAGCCGUUGGUCCCCGGUUCAUGAGUUGAUGGGUCGAUAGGUAGGGUACAGGCACAGACAAACAGACGUAACUCUUCAUUGUGUAUCUUCGUUCAUGCAUUUAACGGUUGAUUUGAAUAUUAUCAGUUCCGCGAACUACUCGCCGCAGCGCUGGCAUCGGAUCACUUUGACGUUUCUAUAUAUUCUAUAGAACUUUUAUGCAAUAUUGUUUACGAGUUAACGAGUAAGCUUGUUUUCCGCGAGAAGCCAGAGAGAUGUCGCUACUGAGGUUAUAUGUUUUGAGAUACUAUGUUUUCAAGAACAAGUUUUUCAAAGAGUUAAGCAGCUGCAAACGAAUUUGAACUUGCUAGGGACAUCACCUCGAACAGUGGCUUUAUAGAACUUUUGUCCGGGAAGCUGCUCAUAAUCCAUUUUCACAUUGAUGCAUCCUUCGUACUUUGUAAGAAUCUUAUUGUACAACUUUCGGGCACGUUUUUUGGCCACUAGAUUCUGCUUCAGUGUCAUGUUUGGUUGCUUACUGGCCUGAACAGUUCGGAAUCCUUCUCGCUGAGGAAUCUUUCUGGUGGUGCUUUGGCUGGCAUUGAAUUUCUUGGUGAUACCCUAAUCGUUCUCAACACCUUCAAAUGCAGCUUCCGAUCCUUAGUUCCACUACGACGCUUGCUAUGAUCCUGCCGAACGAUAGUAUGCCACUCACGGAAAUGUUUGAGAACACUGCACAAGUAUAACUUCUUUUAAACAAAAUGAAUCGUGACGAACUUUUCAGUAGAAGAGGAUACAUUUCAAAACAAACUGCUGUCAAAACAUUUCAGAUCUGACCGCUAGAAGGACUGAAGUAAAAUAAACAGUGCGUCCAGAUAUUAAAUGACUCAAGCUUUACUCGAAUAAUGAAACUGCCACUCAGCGAUGCAAGGGGUGCGUUUCUAUUCUAGUUUCAAAUUGAAACAGUUCCUAUAAAAUACAACAGCAUUGCAAACGGCAUAACAUCAUAAAAGUCCUAUAAAAAUAGUUUUUUUUUAUUUGUUGCUGUGAAGUUAAUAUAUUAAGAACGACAUGACAUAAAUAAUUGAAGAACCUUUUUUUUUCAUUUUAAAUGGAAAUAAAACCUUCACAGGUUCGAUUUAUAAGAUGAAUACCAACUUCUGUGAAGACAUAUCUGAGGUUCAUGCAACUUGCAUAAUAAGUUUCUUCAAACAUAGUGUGAGGUAGGCCAUUUUCUCGUGUUGCACGAGAAAUAUUUGUGUUCCGGGAAAGCACCAACAAGGUCAGAUGUACGUUUGUACUUGCCUUACCAAUAAAUCUAAGGCUUUGAUAUCCUCUGCUGUCCGAAGAAGUCGUCUCCACUCUACUCGAUCCAUGGCCACACGUCGCCAGCCUGGUAGUCUGCGAAGGGUCCGCAGGUCGCCUUCUACUUGGUCGAUCCACCUUGCCCGCUGCGCGCCGUUCUUCUUGUUCCUGUUGGGUCGCUUUCGAGAAUCAUUUUCACUGGGUCGUCGUGCUGCAUUCUUACGACGUGCCCAGCCCACCGUAGUCGCCCAAUUUUUGCAAUGUGGACGAUGGAUGGUUCUCCCAGCAGCUGGUGCAAUUCGUGGUUCAUUCGCCUCCUCCAGUCCUCCAUGUUCCCUCAUCCAUCCGCACUCCACCGUAGUACCAUCAACAACAACAUCUUCCGUUCGAAAACACCAAGGGCGCGUUGAUCAUCCACGAGCAUAGUUCAGGUCUCAUGGCCAUAGAGGACCACCGGUCUAAUCAGCAUCUUGUAGAUAGUCAACUUCGUGUAGCGUCGAAUUUUAUUCGACCGGAGCGUCCUCUGUGCCAUAAAUUUCUCUGCGUCUUUAAAUUUCUAUGCUGGUAUCAUUUUCGGCGGUCACCAGUGAGCUCACAUACACGAACUCGUCGACCACCUCGAUUUCAUCACCGUCAAUCUGAACUCGGGGUCAGAGGCUAACAUUGUCUUCCUCAGAACCUCUUCCUCUCAUGUGUUUCGUCUGCGAUGGGUUGAUAGCAAGUCCAAUCCGCCUAGCUUCAGCCUUCAGUCUGAGGUACGUUUCCACCGUCGUCUCAAAGUUCCAUGCCAUGAUGUCGAUUCCAUCGGCGAAGUCAAGAAGCUGGAUGGACUUCCUAAAGAUCGUGCCACUCGUGUCUAUCCCAGCUCUCCUUCUAUCGCAAUGUUAAAUAGCAGACACGAAAGUCCAUAACCUUGCCGUAACCCCCUUCGAGAUUCAAAGCGACUCGAGAGUGUCCCCGAUACUCGAACAACGCACAUCACUCGAUCCACCGUCACCUUGACCAAUCGCGUCAGUUUUUUGGAAAUCCGUACUCGUACAUAAUCUGCCAUAGCUGAUCUACGGCUAUACGUUUAUGCUGCGGGAAUUCCAUAGGCCAUAAUUGGAACACACUAUCAUAAGGUCAUAGCUGGUACACCUACCCUAGGUAGUUGAGAUGAAUCCUUUCAAGAUCUUAUUUCAUCACUCUUCUUUGUCGGCUAUCCCACAGGGGAAGUUUCGGUUAGCUACGAAGUCUAGCAAUCGAAAUUGCUCAUAAAAAUAUUAAAAAUAAUGAACAAUCUUGGCACACUGAAAAUAAUCAACACCUUGAAAGUGAGUGAAACCUCCAACAAGGCUUGGUUUCCACAGAAAUAAAUUUGAACAGAAGUGGUUGAAUGCAGAUCAACAAUUCUUGUAAUGAUAGCCAUUUCAUUGGAACUGAAUGUUUGAUUCCAAAAAUGUUGUACAGAGUUCAAUCGCACCAUGGACUGAUUCCUCGGUUUUCAUGGGCAUGCUAAUUGAAUACAAUUACAUGAAGGAUCCAAAGUGAAGAUGUAUGCAGGAUAUCUAAAUGUGUGUAUAUCAGUUAAUCUGAAUAAGUCACAAAUGACCCAAGUGUGUUCAAGUGACUAACGGGUGAUAACUAAUAAAUGAGAAUUUUCACAUGUUUUAGAAAAGACAAAUUGAUUUAUUUCAAAUGAAGCUACGACACGUUUCUACAAAAAAAAUCAAUGAACAUUUGAAUAAGGUACGUUAUCAGCUGUUUGACGUAGCUUUGUCAUGAUGUGAGAACAUGUGCAUAGUACAGCAUUUCAAUUGAUUUUACGAAUGCAACUUUUGAUUCGGUUUAUCAGCUUAUUACAAUUCUUGGCCCUCCAAUUGUUUGUGUACACCAACGAACUCAUAUUUCCAAAAAAAAAAAAAUCUUCAGACAAGUUAGUUGGAUUGCGGUUUUUUGUACACACGGGACAUUUUAACUUUCCAAGAAGGUUAGUGUAUUCUUAGCAUAAUGUGAGGAUGCUUUAUCCGGCAAAAUCACAUACUUUCCGUCUGCGUGAUAUUUUUGAAGAAAUAGAAUAAAUUUUUAUUCAAACAUUAAUUUUGGUACACUUCUUGGUUGAUAGCCAAACCGCUAGGCUUGAACGAUGGCUUAGAAAUUCCUCUUCCCGAUAUAGCGAUAUACAGCUUCACUCUCUGUUCAAACUUGUGUUGAACUUGUAUCUUACAUUUGGAGAUGUUGUACAACUAUUAUCUGAAUAAUAUCGAUCAUUUCCAGGAAUGUGAGAUUUUGAGAGAGGAAAGUAACUUUCAUCAUCCAAAACGACACAUUGUCUUGAGUAAUUUCUUGUCAUCCAACGGCAACGGUUUUCACGUUCGAAAUUUGUUGAUCGAUGUAUUCUGGAGCUCUUGAAUUCUUUCGACAAACAAUUCCUAUCCUUUUCAACGUUUUACAGAUGUGAGGUUGCGUCAAGGGGUAGGUCACUCCGCAAACCAAUCUUGCGUUAUCUUUUUUGUCAGUGUGCCGCAGGUGUGCCGAUUGUGCCGGUCAUAGAGCAAGCUGCGAUUGUUUGUAAAAUACCCAUUCCAGCUACCCGGUAUUUCUGACACCAUAAAUGUUUUGGUUUGAAAUCGCAAGGAUAAAUCGGAUUGCCGAUGACGUGGAAAGUGGCGGGUGUGCGAAAUGUUGGUGUUUUAUGUUCAUAGGAUGAUAAAAGUAAGGCUUUUAGAAUUCCCUCAAAGGCAGACCAAAAACAUAGCCUAUCGUGCUUUGAAAAGCAACGGUCUAUCAGCGGCUGGAAAGAGAUGGAACCGACUAUAGAGGAUGACUCGACUUCUGUAGUUUAUUUUGUAUGAGUUGCAUCAUUAUUUGAAUUAAGGGUGCUAAUGGGGUCUGAAUAACUGCCCACUCUAGAACCUACAGUUCGUAUAUAAAUCUAUAACGGAGAAGUGAACUGCUGGUCUGAGUUCCUCUGGUAUAUUCAAUUAGAGUAUGUUCUUGAAUACAGUCAACUUUUGCUCGUUCGGCUAAACCUAUGAGCUAGUGAAAGGCUUUCGUUAGUUGGGCUGAGCUGUCAAGCUGAAAAUUUGUUGAGGGAUCCAGCAGUGUUCCCAUUUUAUUUACAACAAUCCAUUUACAAUUGUGCUGAUGGUGUGCCGGUGGAUGUGCUCAAGCAGUGCUGAAUCUAAUUUCGGCACAAUGUGAUGAGUGACUUACCCCUUGGGUUGCGUGCACUUGAACUUUUUCGCGGCGUCCCGCUGACUUAUCAAAUCUUUGUUGUUGAACGUAUUGUGUUGCGAUUGAAGCCCUUUUUUGUUCAUUAUUUUGACUGGUUUUCCACUACCCCUCUUCCGAACUGUGAUGAAGGAUGCCAGAAUGCGAUAAACAGUAGAAAUUGGUACAUUCUCUGAUUUGAAAUGAUCCACCGUAAACUUUUUCUGUACAAAGCGCUCACGAAGUGCUUCUUGCUUUUAUGCCAUUUUGAACACAAGGGAGAGAGCGAAUUGAUUUCCAUAAGCUGUCUCUUUUUUGUUGACAUUUGUGGUUUGGUAUGAGAGAGCUGAAGCUAUUCUAAUUUUUUAGUUAUCGUCCGUUAUUAUAAUAAAACAACUGAAUUUAAUCUGAAAUUUAACAACACAGUCUGAGUGCUCGUUACUAGUUUUAUUUGAAUGAUCCGAUCCAAUUCGAAUAUUGUUUUUGGUUACAAUGUAUCAAACUAGAAAGAUGCUAUAAGGGUAAAACUUGUUUUAGUGGAAAUUACGAUCGACCGCUCACCAUUUUUUAUGAAUGAAAAAACAAAUUACUAUUUAUUUUAUUUCUUCAAAGAUAAUUUAUAUUUUAAGGAUACAUUUUAUCAGUAUCAUAUAGCAUCAAACGAUUUGCAAUUAUUAUAUAUUUGGAGUGCAAGAAUGCGUCACAUUUUAUUGCAAGUUCAUUGCAUUACUAUUAACAACAUUGGCAAUCUAAUUGCGGACAUAAUUUGUCUAUUGGCUUUGACUUUAUUGGACGAAAUAAAAUAUUUAAAAUUUGUUUUUUUUAUCAAAGUCAUAUUUUCCAAAUGGUGCUCGCAUAAGAUACUAGGAUACUAAAUAAAAAGAUAUUUGUAGGGUAAGAAACACUUCUCCGAACAUUAAAAAAAACUUGAUCAUUCAUUCUAGUCUUAUUAGCCAUACUGUAAAAAAUAGGAAACUUGAAGCUAUGCCAUCAUAUUUGUAGGAACGAAGAGACGAGAUUUUGUAAAAAAAAUGAUACUUGCUUUGCUUAAUGUUUUUUUUGUGUGAUUAUUCAAACAAAUAUGCUUUCUCUGUCUCUCUUUUCGGUAAAGAAAAAUCAAAUUAGUCACACUGCACAUCAACAGAACGAGCAGAAUAUUAACAAUGAGUGAAUGCCAAUUAGUAGACGAAAACAUUGUAGAGAAAGAAAAAAAAAACAGCGUAGACGUUAGACAGGCUGAAAGCCACCGAUAUUCACAAAUACUUUAGACAUAUAGAGACACAGAUAGGUGAUAACAAUGAACAGCAUCAGGAAUAGGCUAUCGCCCUCCCGCGCAUAGUGUCAUAUGGUUGGAGGGGGAAGACUACCGAACAAGUUCGUCCCUUUGUUGAUGCAGUUGAGCUGUAGCGUUUUUUAGCGGGUAAGUCCAAUCUUGGUAUACAUAUAUACGAGGCAAUACUCCUUGCAUCAUGCAUAUUCAAGUUUUAAACUACUCUUUGUCUGCAAAUUUAUCGCCAAAAAUUUACUCAUUUCUAGCAUGUGAUACACAAUAAAGUCAACAAUUUUGCUAACAGAA